UCACAAGCGAGAUCGAUCGUGUAUAUAUACGCGGCACUACACGCCUUCGAUCGGGGCGAGCUCUCCACUCCAACAGAUGUUCCCGAGUCUGUGGACUCACAAGCGACGAAGAUCUCCAUCCAAGUAACCAGCGAACGAGCGUGCGUGAGCUUUGGGAGCAGAGAACCAAAAGGGAAAGCUGGUUACUUGGCAGUCUGAUUCAUCAGCGAGAUCGUGUCGCUGAUCUGAUCGUCUUCCUUUGGCGAUGUGGGGCGUUCUGUCUCUUGUGCGGCAAGGCCUGCGGCGGCCGCGUCGUCGGCAGCGGGGCGCGCGGGUGGUCGACGGCAGCGAGCUCGGCUACGGCGGCGAGGACGAGAUAGGCGCCGGCGACGUCAUAGUGGCGCCGCGAGAACCCGCGGCAGCGGCGGCGCCUGCAGGCGCCCUGGCCAGGGCGCUCCUGGCGAUGGCGUGCGGCGCCGUCCGCCUCGGCGGCGAGGAUGCCGGCAGCGCAGAGGAGGCGUGGGCGGCGAGCGGCUGGCGCCCGGCGCGCGCGGCCGACGAGGUCAGCCACCUCAUGGUGCGCGAGGGCAUGCGCUACGCCAUCUACGCCUAGGCGAGGCGCCUCUCUGCCGCGUCCUGUGUGUUGCACAUGUGUGCUUGUAUUCGUAGAUACACACUAGCACGUUCACAGCAGUAGUGACCUGUACAUAAACGUGCAUGCCUUGUAUGCACUACUUGUCCUAUCAUGCUUUCUAGUUUUUUUUAUUUCCUUUCUCUUUGAGCUGAUCAUAGCUAGCUUAUUGGCGUGUUCUUGUGCUGGACAGUUUGACCCCUGUCCCGGCGUCCCCCUCUCUGUUUCAUGCUUUGUUCGAAACUUGGAAGUUCAUGGAACUCGGCAUGCUCGCCACAACAUUGAUGAUUUCACACCGAUCA